UUGUGAUAUAUUUGUGUCAAAUAUUAUAGAUAACUGAAUAAUCAUUAAUGGAAUAAUAAUAAUAGCCAUCGGUACCCUUAACACGUGAUUUAUAGGCCUAUAUUUUUAAAAAUGUUAUACUUAUUUGAGAAAAGUAUUUUAUAAAAUGGUUCAGUACUGAUCUCAUAACCUCGAAAAAUAUGUGAUGGACAGAGAGAGAGAGGGGUGUGCUGUGCUUGUAUAUAUUUGGAUUUAGGCGUUAUGUUUUUUUUUGGCUCCUUUUUUUUAAAUAUUUAGUCUACAAGAAUAAGCCUAGUUUUUAUUUCUUUAUGAUCUAUGCAGAACAGGAUGGAAGCUAAUGGUCAAUCUUUUCAAAGUGCUCUUGUGGUCAAACUAGAAUUAACUGAUGAGGUUAAAUCAAUUAAUGAUAUGCGAUCAGACAAACUUGAACACAUGGAACCAAAUGAGUCAACAUUGUUUUCAAAUUCUGAAGAUAUGAAAGCAAAUGUUGGCAUGUCAUCCUCAGUAUUUGAUGAUAUCAAACAAGAGGUGUUAACCACAACUUCAUUUAUUGAGGAUGAGCUCAAUAUUUCUUGUGAUUCAACUGCUUUCAGUUUCAUUGACAGUUUUACAACAUUUAAAUCAGAACUUAAUAAUGAAUUAAAAGAACUCAUGUUUCUGCAUACAGAAUUCAUGGGUGAUGUUCCAACAAACGAUCAGAUAAUUGGAAGGGAACUGAAGACAUACAAGUGUGAUAUGUGCUGCCAAACAUUUUCUUACAUGGUUCAUAUUACACAUCAUCUAAAAAUUCACAUGAGAGAUGCCCAUCAUCAAAAAAGAAAUCCUACUAAACAAUGUAAGAAACAUAACUCAGAAUACAUAUGUCUACUCAAUAAGCCUGAUGGUUCUCUUUAUAAUAAAGUUCAAUCUGUUGAUAAUCCUUACAAAUGUGAUAUUUGUCAUAAACAGUUUCUUAAAAAGACUAAUUUAUCUGCUCAUAAAUAUAUUCAUUCUGGACUUAAGCCAUAUGAAUGUGAUGUUUGUCAUAAGAAGUACAAUAAUAGUUCAUAUUUAUCUCAUCAUAAAAUAAUUCAUUCAGGACUUAAGCCAUAUGAAUGUGAUGUUUGUCAUAAGAAGUACAAUAAUAGUUCAUAUUUAUCUUAUCAUAAAAUAAUUCAUUCUAUAUUAAAGCCAUAUGAAUGUGAUGUCUGUUAUAAGAAGUUUCAUAGAAAUUGUGAUCUGAAUAAGCAUAGGAAUUCUCAUUCUAAGCCAUUUGCAUGUGAUGUUUGUCAUAAAAAGUUUGGGAAGCAUUGUCAUUUAGCUAGACAUAAAAAUAUUCAUUGUAUACUUAGGCCAUAUGAAUGUGAUGUUUGUCAUAAAAAGUACAAUAAUAGUUCAGAUUUAUCUCAUCAUAAAAUAAUUCAUUCUGGACUUAAGCCAUAUGAAUGUGAUGUUUGUCAUAAGAAGUACAAUAAUAGUGCAUAUUUAUCUCAUCAUAAAAUAAUUCAUUCUAUAUUAAAGCCAUAUGAAUGUGAUGUCUGUUAUAAGAAGUUUCAUAGAAAUUGUGAUCUGAAUAAGCAUAGGAAUUCUCAUUCAAAGCCAUUUGCUUGUGAUGUUUGUCAUAAAAAGUAUGGGAAGCAUUGUCAUUUAGCUAGACAUAAAAAUAUUCAUUGUGGACUUAAGCCUUAUGAAUGUGAUGUUUGUAAUAAAACAUUUGGUCAAAAGUAUAAUUUAUCUGUACAUAAAAAAAUUCAUUCUCAUGAAAAGCCAUAUGAUUUUUCUUAGAAAUUGUGAACUUACUAAGCAUGUAAAUACUCAUUCUAGACCAUUUUAAUGUGAUGUUUGUAGAGGUUUAGUAAGAACGGUCUUUUAUGCAAACAAAAAAGUAUUUAUUCUGGUAACAAACCACAUGAAUGUGAUGUUUUAAAAAAAAACAUUAGAAAAGGCAUCUGAAUCAUCACAAAAAUAUUCAUUUUAGACCAUGUUAAUGUGAUGUUUGUCACAAAAAGUUUGGUAGGGAGCUUUAUUUACCUAACCAUAGUUUUAGCCAUAAAAAGUUAGCUCAGAACUUGUUAUUAUUCAGCCCUAAAAUUAUUCAUUCUGAAAAUAAGCUAGAUGAAUGUGAUGUUUAUCAUAAUAAGUGUCAUUAUUGAUUGUAUCAGUUUGUGUUUCAAAACAAACAGGCUCUUACUGAUACUGUUGAAAAAGUUCAUUCAAGAUAUACGUAGACGCUGGUUUUUUUUUUAAAGAAACAACAUGGUUGAGAUGAUUAUGAUUAUUUUUAGCAUGAUAAAUUAAAGGAUUAUGUAAGAGUCUAGCAUUGCUGAACAGGUGACGACUAUGUACGUCAUUUGACACAGGGAUAAGAAUCCUAGGAUAUAAGAUUUACAUGCUAGAGUUGGUGAAAAUUAGCUGAUAAUAAAUUAAAUUAUAUAAUUAAAUUAAUUAAAAAGUUUUCCUUAUUUUAUUGAAUUGAAAACAUAUACAAGUAAAAGUUUGACUAAAAAUUUAUAUUAAAAAUGCUUGUCCAUGCUAUUUUAGAUUAGGUGUUUUCAUUAUUGAUGUGUUGAAUGCUUUUCAACAUUGAUACAAAACAAUUAAAGUUUAAAUACUAAACACAUUAUUUUUAGUUACUUGAUGCAUUUAUACUUUAAAAAUUAUUUAAAGUAGAUCUAAGAAAAGAAACAUUUUUAACUAGAAUGUCUUUCAUUUUUCUUUAAGGAAAUUUUAUAUAGGAGGGUUUCCAGAAAAAAGCCUCCGAAAUCCACAAGAUUUGAGUAAAAUAAAGUGUUUAAAGUAUGAUUGAAAAUCUUUGCAAAAGAAAUUAGAUCAAUUGUUUUAAUAAUAGCUUUUUUGUACUUUUGUUGUUUAAGCUGUCUAAAACUGU